GCUCAAACAAAAACUACCAAAAAUGUGUUAAAAUGAUAAACUAGCUAAUGUCGAAUGAUCAGUACUUUAUGACAAGUAUUUGAGGACUAUUUUGAAAGUUUGUAUCUCUUGUAUAUACAUGUAUAAGUUCAGUUUGUGAUUUGGCCAACGAAGGAUUGGAGUGAGAAAAUAUAUAACUGUCGGAUAAGAUUUUGUCUGGAUAUAGAAAUAUUUUUUGUAGUGUUUGAUUUAAACUUUAUAUCAAUAUUAUCCAUGUCUUCUUUGGAUCUGUCAUGCGAUAAGAAAAGAUUACAUCAUGCGGUUGUAAAAAUGAAUGAACAAUGAUUUAGUAAAACACUUACUUAAAAGUUAAGACCACAGCAAAUGAUUGAAUAAUUGGAAAUUUAUUGGAUAUAAUUAUAAGUUCUUAUUAGUAAACGAAAGAAAGUAUCAAAGAAAGUAACAAUUGUGUUAGAAUGAGAGAAUGCUACCAUGAACAAUUCGCUUUGUGAAAGUUUAUUUUUGUUUUUUGCAAGUGCAAUUUUUUUUAUCAAAGAUAAAUUGUGAUACAAUUUCUAUUUGAAAGUCCGAAGUGCAGUGUUGUCUGAACUUAAACAUUUGAAGUUCUGUUUCUAGCAUUCCAGCUUGUUCUUAAAUGAUAUAUACAGACAAUUUGCUGUCAGCGACAUGUUACAUAACAUUUCACGGAUUUUGUAACUACGAGCUUUGUGCAAGGAGCUAUUGUCUGGCUGGGAUUCACAGAUAUUACAGCAUAGAAUAUAACGGACUGCAAAUUACGUGCGAUUUUGUCAUAGUAUUGGAAGUUUUCAUGAAUUAUUAAGAAGUGUACUGUUAUUCUGACAAACUGAAGCAGUAAUAAAUAAUACAUAUUUCAAAUAUAGAUUGUUGUCCUGGUGGCAUAUGCUUCAUUGUUGGUGUGAUGUUUUAAAGUUUUAAGGUUUUCAAAGUGUUUUUUUAAUACGUUGGAGAUGCCGUUCAACUUGAAAAAGUUUUUACGGCUACGUUCCGAUGCAGACAUGAGUGCAGCCAAGCGGGACGGCUCGGCAUCCCGAUCUAAACCGCCAGCUCCGAGCAAAUCGACAAACUCCAGUCAAUCGGGAACUCCAGUCAAGAUGAAGGAAUCCAAGUCUGAUAACUCUGUCCCUUCUGCUGCCAAAAAGCAGGCUCUUACUGGAAAGCCAAUUAACUCCCCUAUGAAGUCUUAUUUGAGUAAAAGUCACGAAACCUUAACUAGUCAUCAAAAACAGAAAGCAUUAGAAAAACGGCCAAAUUCUAGUCUUGGGCUCCCCGAUACCAAAAAACGGAAUGUUAGUAAUAAAGAAAAUGUGCAUGUUCGUGACAGAGACGGAUUUGUUAAACCAAAGUCUAUAAAGCCGUCAAUGACUAGUACACCCAUUCGGAAAGCAACUAGUUCCCAACAUAUUGACAAAUCGGGAGCAUCGUCCUCUAAUAAAACGCCUACCAAAAAUUCAGCAAGUAUGAAGCGAGCUCACAGUACGCAAAAUGUUACUAAAGACAAGAGUGUGAAAAACAGGAAAUCUGCCACACCAGAUGUGAUGGCAUACAAUGCUGAACUUCUUGCUAAUUUUGAAAAGGAAAAGAAGUGCCUUGAAGCAAAGAUAUCUGAGCAAAUCCAAGUGGCAGAAAGCAGGAAGAUGGAUAUAGAGAAAUACAAAUAUGAGAUUAAACAGUUGAAAGAACAGAUUCCUAGUCAUGACUUGCAAGAGGAGUUGGACAUUCUUCGAGCUCAGAACGCGAUGUUUAAGGACCAAUUAAUGAAGUUGGGAAUUCCAGUGGAAUCACAAAUCACAGACUCAGAGAAACUUAGCCUUAUCAAGCGCGGACAGAAGGAAGUGGACACAAAUUUGAUGAACAGCUUGAGCUACGACAGUCUCUCCACGGACGGGCAACCUGUGUCUAUGGUACAGGGUAUCCUUUUGGGACAAGGCAUGAAAAGGUCCGCCUCAAUCACAAUGUCCGAGCCAGGUAUGUCCUUCACCGAAUAUCAUGGAACCAACGAUAGCAACUCAAUACUUGGUUCCCUGCACGGGAAAUGGGACAGCCGAAGCAAGAGUAGCGACGCUCUGAGUGACAUCUCGGUGGCUAACCUUACUGAGAGAAUUCUCCACAUGGAGGAAAACCAUUACAGUACGACUGAAGAGCUUCAGGCUACGCUACAGGAGUUAGGCGAUCUGCAAGAUUCCGUUAAUGAGCUCACCGAAGAGAAUGAGAGACUAGCUGAUGAGAGAACAGUCUUGUUGGAAUCCCUGUGUACUCAGACAGCUAAAUUGGAACAUUGUAGGACCCAGAUUGAGCAGUUGAAGUGUUUGUUGAUUAGUGGUGAUCUUCCUAAUAAGUCUGACAGAGAUGAACACUUGCUGGAAUUGUUAAAAGGUGCUCAGGAUGAGAGGGAGGAGUUCUUGAGGAAGUUAAGAGCUGCACAGAGUGAAUCCAAGCACUAUCUGUGUUUUAUGGAAGCGGAAAAAGAUAAAAAUCAAAUGCUGGAAGAUAAGUUGACAGACUUGAGGUCUGAAAAAGCUAAUUUUGAGAAGCAGGUGAUGGAGCUUAAAGAAUCUCUUGCUAAUGAACAGAUUGAGGUUACACAUUUUAAAACCUUGUUAGAAAAUGAGAAAACCAAAGUGCAGGAGUUGGAAGCAUUAAGUAAGGCAAAUGAUCAGAGUGAUCUAGAAGAGCAUUUGCAUAGUACUAGACAAGAGAAGGAUAAGCUGGAAGAAAGGUUAGCUGAUGUUCAAGAUGCGCUUGCUCAUAGUCAGAAUGAAGUGAUGAAGGUAAAAGACCAGUUAUUGACUAAAGAGGAAGAAGUGAGAGUCUAUAGAAACAACGCAAAGUCCCAGAUAAAUGAUAUGGAAUACAGACUUGAAAUGGAAAAGAAAGAUAGGUAUGACUUUCAACAGGAGUUGGAACAUUUAAGAGAACACAUUGACCAGUUGGAACAGGAUAGUGAUAAAUACUUUGAGGAACGGAAAGACUAUACGGCAAAGAUCCAAGAAUUGCAAGGGGAAGUUAGUGUAAUGAGACAAUUAAAAGAAGUAGCCGAGGAAGACUUGCAAGAUGCUAAGAUUAAACAUGAGCAAGAGGUCGAUGAAUGGAAACAAUUUCAGAAAGACCUACAAGUGGCUGUGGUGAUAGCAAAUGAGUUCAGGUCUGAAACACAGACUGAUGUUGAGAAAAUGAAGUCUGACAAUGAUUCGUUGAAGGAAAAGUGUAAAAGCUUAGAAAAAGAUGUUGAAAAGUUAAAAGGUGAAAUUGAUGGCUAUAAGAUUCAAGAAAGGGCUGGUGCUGUCCAAAAGACUCAGAUAAUGACACCAGCUGAGAUAAAAGGUAAAGUGAUGAGCACAGUGGAUAAGGAGUUGAACUUUUUACGAGAUGGUAGUAGAAAAACUGUCAGUGAUAAGAAUCAAGCAUUAUCUGUGAAAAAUCUUAUCCGCUCGAUUGAAGAGCAAGUGAAAAGUGGUCGCUCAUCUAUACAUUCUAGUUCAUGCAGUUCACGUAGAAACUCAGACCCUGAAUCGUCUUUAGUAGGUAUCCAUGAUUUACAUGAGAUUAUGAAAUCCCCGUCCUCUCCUGUUGGAGAGCCAGGACUUUUGUCUCCAGAUGGCGGAACUCCUCUCCGCUGCGUACUCCGACACCCAGGUGACCGCCCAUCUCCACUCCAGAGACACUCCAUGGGCGGAGUCCCGUAUGAUCCACCCAACUCACCGGGGGAGUCGCCCAAAUCUGCCCCGCCCAUUUCUAGAAAUGACACUCCCACUUCUUUAACAUCUAUCCUGUCCACAAGGACACCAUCCAGAAGAAGCAGUGGUGUUAGUGUUGAUGACCGCAAAGAGGGGCCGAAACAGGACCCACUGUCUCGUCUGGCGAAGGCGUUCAAGGGAUCUCGUCGUAACGCACUGCUCAAGUGGUGCCAACAGAAGACAAUCACCUACAGUAAUGUGGACAUCACAAACUUCAGCAGUAGUUGGAACGACGGCCUAGCCUUCUGUGCCUUGAUUCACACUUACCUGCCAGAUAAAAUACCCUACGGGGAACUCAACUCCGAUGACAAGAGGAGGAAUUUCACCCUGUCUUUCAAUGCAGCUGACUCUGUCGGCAUUCCUUCAACUUUGAACAUCAACGACAUGGUAGCUAUGGAGCGUCCGGACUGGCAGGCUGUGUUCAACUAUAUCACCGCAAUCUACAAGCACUUUGAAGUAGACAACAAGCCAGCAGCAUAAAUGUAACACUGGCUGCGGCACAACACCUUGACAGUAUAACAUUUUAUCCGUCUGGAGAUGAAUGGACAUUUUGAAGUCAGCCAGCUGUAUUGAUGUGACAUGUUUACAGCACAGCCAAUCAUUGAUCUGCAAUAGAAUCUACCAAGUAUUCAAGACCACAGCAGUACCCCACCUGUAGUGGUAUCUUACAAUCCUUAUCUUCAAAUCUAUACAACUCCCAUAUUUGUUUGUGUUACAAUUUUGGCUUUGUGAAUUUGUGAGGUCCUUUUUUCCACAAAUCUUGUGCAUCAUCUAUUUAAACAAAAAAUGUAUUUUGGAUUCAGCGAAGAAAUUUCUUGCAUACUCACAGUAGGUUUCACAAUUAUUAUUUUAGAAAUUCUUAUUUAUUCAUGAAACAUCUAAAGUCAUUUCUUAACUUCAGUCAAUUUCAUAAAAAAAAAUAUUGUCAAAUUCAAAGAAAAGUUUAUGUAUUUUUCACCUCACGAUAUUGGCCAAAUUGAAAAUAUUGGGAAUAUGGGACCUCACAUAUUCCAAGCAUUUGACAGUAACAGGAGCAGUAUUAUACUCACACUUGUUUGUUAUCAUAACUUCAUUAAGUUAACAUGUUGGCAUUUUGUUAUAGACCAUUCAAAUUAAUAGAACAAUUUGCUGAUUGUUCAGAACUUUCUGAAAGUAAACAAUGUGAUUCAAGACAUCGUUGUUAACUUUUGAACGUGAAACAGUUGAUUGUUUGUUUAUAUUUUUUUUAAAAACAAUUACAGCAGAAACAGUUGUUUCAAAUCUUGUUAGAAACACUGCAGAUCACAAGUGUAGUGUAUUAAACUUCCAGAGCAGAAAAGAUUUGAAAAUAAACAACUUUUCUUUAAAAGUUCUGAACAACUGGCCCAUUGAGUAACACAUGCUUUCUCAAAUGUUGUUGUUUUAAUAUCUAAGCAGAUUUUUUUUUUAUUUUAUUAAAUUUUUGAUUUUACGGAUAAUACAUGUAGAUUUUGAUUAGGGCAAUAUCCAUCCAAUGUCAGAGUUAGAUUUCUGAUCAUUUGUCUUAAAUUUGAUAACCAUUUGUUUUGCAUAUUACUACAUGUAUGUAAUUGUAACAAAGUUUUUUGUAUAGAAUUGAAUAGCAUUGGAAUGAAUGUUUCUUUGGGUUUACAACUUAUUUUGUAUUUUCCCGAAAAUGAACGUGGUCAAAUUUACCACACAAACCUGUUGUGUUUUACUAGAAUAAAGAAAAUGCUCAAAACAUUGUAUUGCGUAAUAUCUGUUCUUAACAAUUUUAAUGCAGAAAAGUUGUAGAAUUGUUGAUACUUUGUCUAUUUAUACUACAGUUAUGUUGUUAUUAGAAUUCUUAGGGUUUGAGCUGCAGGGUUAUGGGAGGGAUGCUGCACCCAGUCCUUUUCAGUGGCACCCUUCUGCCCUCAUGGAGACCAGCAUGUGCACCCUUUUGCCUGCAAAGAAUUAAAUGCUCAAGACUGUCAAAUAUUUCAUUUUUGUUUAAAACAUUUAUUUAGAUUAUAAAAUACGUACACACUUUACAUAUCUGGCAGUUGAAACCUAAUAUUACUUUAAUUAAAUACACUUUUUUUUACAUUUUCUGCCAUUAACUAGCCCCAUUCAAUGUGCCCUUUUUAUCCUUUAAUAGCAACCUGCCCCUUUUUGCAGCACUUUUGAAAUCCUGGCUAAAACCCUUAUUCUUAUCCAUUAUUUCUGGAUACUUGUUUCUGCAUUCUAUAUUAAGUAUGGUAUAACAAAAGUAUUGCAUUCGUUGACUUAGAUGAUGGAGUUUUAUAAUGUGCAAUAUGCUUGAAUGUGAAUGUCAUUACGUCCACUUUAACCUGCAUAAUCAUCAUUCGUCAAUGUCAUAAUUCUCACCUGUCAUUAUAUAACUGUAUAUUUGUGAUUGUUUGUUAGAAUAGGAAUGUUUAUUUUGAAUAAAUAAAAAUGUGAUGUAUACACUGUAAUGCUCAACAUGGUAGUAGUCCUUACUUUGUAAAAAAAUAAAAAAUUGUUACAUUGUUAUAAGCAGCCUGAAUUUCAUCUCAAUCUUGGCCAAGUUGUAGUGUUCUGCUGUGUAGGAGUUGGCAUUGGAACCCUCUAGAGCUAACCCAUUCAGUAAUAGGCCAAUAUUGAAAAUUAACAAUUAACCUCCACAAUUUACAAGAAUAUGUGAACAAAUUGGUCCUGGCCCCUUGACUUAAGUUUACUUGUUUUAUGGAAACAUAAAUAGAAACACUUAAGAGUAAGGUUUAGUGUUGCCUGUAUUAAAAAUGUGACUAUGUGCUAAAAUCUAGCUCAACAAGUAUUAACAGCUAUUAACAAUACAAAUUAUAAAUUGUAGUAUUAUCUUAUCUUAUUAUCAAGUAUUUACAUGUACCGGUAGCUUACAUCAUAAGAUAACACUAAUUGACUAUACAUGUUGAAUACAUGUACAUGUGUAUUUUGUAUUAACAAGAUUUUUUGUCAUUCAUGUACAAAUAGAUUUGGUUAAUUAUAUUCACGUCAAAUAACACUCUGUAGAUCUGUGCAAUCUGUAGAAUGAAUAGUAUGAUUUUCCUUUACAGGAUUUGUUGAAAUUAAAAUAAUUUAAAGAAAACUGUUAAAAGUUAAGUAAAUAAACUUGUGUUUCUCAGUUACCGUAGUUGCUUACAUCAUGUUACAUGUAUGUUUAUUCAUAUAUUUUUUAAAAGCUGCACUCUCACAGAUUGAAUGUUUUGACAAUUUUUUUGUCUUGGAACGAGCCAGUUUUUGCAAAAAUCCAUGGAAACCAGUUAUAUAAGACUGCUGACAAUAAAGCAGAUCACAGAUUUUUAUAUUUAAGUUCAAAAAUUGAUGUUUUAUGCAUUUUUUUAAACCGUUACGAACGGUUUAAGCCAUAAAACAUUAAUUUUCGAACGGAAAUAUGAAAAUCUACGAUCUGAUUUUUUGUCAGCCAUCUUAUAUCAUCGGUUUGCAGAUAUUUAGGCAAAAAUUUGCCCUUUCCAAGACAAAAAAUAAAAAAGUUGUGAAAAUGGUAAAUCUGUGAGAGGGUAGCUUUAAAGAUUAUUUAAAUUGUACAAUCCACAGGUGUUUCUGUCAAUUUUUUCAAACUAUAUAUAAUCUAUACCGGGGUAACCCAGUCAAUAGAUUAUAUACAGGGUUAAAAAACAUGGAGAGAAACCCCUGUGGUACAAUCGAGCAAAGCAACGAGGCUGGAAAUGUCCUGUAUUUGAUUUUUCUAGUUUAUUAUAUACAUGUAGGUAAGGAGUAUGUACAGAAUUCUCUAUGUUCAGUGUAGUAUCUACAAGAUCAGUUUUACCAUUCAUAGAAUAUGUAUUACUAACAUGUCGGAGACUAUUGGACAUCAUCCGCGGCAACCCAGCAUAUUUAGAACAUAUAUCAUAUGGGUAGGAAUACGCUGUGCGGCUGAGGUUGAUUCGACAUAUGCAUACUAAAUGUUGAUGCAUUUUCAAGAUUAAUAUGUUGACAAUAUAUGUUGAUACGUUUUUAACCCAUGUGUUUUAAUUAGUCCCAGCAUAAUCAUACAGAUGUUUCAUGGAAUAUGUACUUAAUUUGUGGGGUAAGUUCUCGAAGUUCCGAGUAACAUUAAAAUAAAGAAGGUUCAUAUUAAAAGUUAUAUGAGGCCUUGCCAUUAUCCCCAUGAAAGACAAAACAGACCGGAUAGUUUUUGUAUUUUGCCCAUUAAAUGCUUUCUGUUUCAUUCAUCACUUGAAAGUACAGUCUGCCAGAAUGCUAAGAGGUGAAAAAAGUAUGGCAAUCUAGAAAAAGGAUAAUACGUGUGAUACCUUUCCAUUGAAAUCACUUGCAUGCAUCCAUCCAAUGCUGAAAACAAUCGAAAUUAUACAGAGUUUUUCAAUCUAAUUUAUGCUACCUUUAAAGCUGCACUCUCACAGAUAUACUGUUUUUACAACUUUUAUGUGUCUUGGAAAGAGCAAAUUUUUGCCUAAAUAUCUGCAAACCAAUCAUAAAAGAUUGCUUACAAAAGAUCAGAUCGCAGAUCUUCAUAUUUCCGUUCGAAAAUUAAUGUUUUAUGGCUUAAACCAUUACGAACGGUUGAAGAAAAAUGCAUAAAACAUCAAUUUUUGAACUUAAAUAUAAAAAUCUGUGAUUUAAUUUUUUGUCAGCAGUCUUAUAUAACUGGUUUCCAUGCAUUUUCCCAAAAAUUGGCUCGUUCCAAGACAAAAAAUAAAAAAAAAGUUGCCAAAACGUUCAAUCUGUGAGAGCUUGCAACUUAAAAUUGUCACUUAAUCAACAGUAUUUAAAAUGUCCUGGGUAACACUGAACACCUACUAUUAAAACAAAAAACAGAAGACAAAUGAUCUGGCAGGAUGUACCUUUAAAGAUUCACUUGUUAAUAUCUGGUUAUAUUGUUAAACUUUAAUUCAACAGUAUUUAUUUUUGUCAUAAACAUUGUCAUGCUAUACAUAUUUUUGUCAUAUUGAUAAUACAAUGUACAGAUGUCAUUAAAUACAGUGUACAAAAUAAUGUU